CUGAGGACGCUGGUACAGUUCCCGUGGUUCCAGCCCACAUGCCUGUGUCGGGAGCCACGCCUCGACCCCCAGUGUAACGCCUUCAGGGACCUCGUCUUCGACCACCCCUGUGUCUUUGUCACCAGGAAAGAGGUAGACAUGCACCCGCUGCGCUACAUCCCUACCUGCGAGGAGGCCGCUGAUAUCUGCCACGACAACUCAUGGUGCAAGCAGCGUCUUGACGUGUUCAGCGCCACCUGCAAGUUCCGUAACGGCCAGUGCCACAACACGGACAGGGAGGACUGCCUGAAGGUGUGGCUGCAGCUGAGGGAGACGCCUUUGCUGGGCUGUAUCUGUCCUGACGGUCUGGAUAAGAAGUGUUCCCGCCUCUACUCCCUCGUCAACGAGAACCCUUGUGUCGGGGAGAGUUACCCGGGGCGUGUGGCACUUAUGUCACGGGUGAGUGCCGCCCUGGGCACCCAGCUCACCCAGUCCGUGCAGGUGCCUAAAGCCGCCGCAACACUCCUCGUCAUCUCCUCCUCCCACGCUGAACCUUUCUACCCUCUCUCCACCAUCCACCACUACCUCCCCGCCUCCAAGUCUGACCACAACGUGUCGCUGGAGCAGCUCAAACACGUGGCAGGUACCUGUCACUCAGCGCUCGAGGACUGUGUUGCUGACUCCGGCUGCAGAAGUCACUUGGAGAUGGUAAGCAGCCACUGCGACACAGCUUAUUGUCACAAGGACGCCUGCAGGAGUUCUAUCCAGGAUAUUUACAAGUUCCUGCUGGAUAUUAACCAAGAUCUCGCCCUCAAGAUUGCUCUCUGUGUCUGCAGCAAUAAGAGUCAGGCGCGGUGUGUGCGCGCUCAGCGUCGCCUACACCCGCCCUGUGCUCAGUUGUCCGAGUCUGUGUCUGACAGUCAGUGUCACAACCUGGGUCGUGACUGCCGUUCUGACCGUGUCUGCAGGUACAGACUGGAGCACUACGAACUGUCGUGUGCGGCAGAUACCAUGACUGGGAGGUGUGCAGGUCAGCACCAAGAGUGCACUAAGGCUAUGCUGGGACUCCUGGGCACUGACCUCCACACCAACUGUGUGUGUAAGGGCAGCGCCUUCCAAGACAUUAACCAGUGUCUUGCCUGGAAGCGUCUCCUCUGGGGCAACCCUUGUGUAGUUGAGUCGCAGUUGACGUACCACCUGGCACAGCUGGGGAUGGACGCUGAUGUUCUGGUGUCUUCCUUCACUGAUGAUCACCACCAGCAGGUCGACCCCCACCAUCAGGGAGAGAAGAGCCAGUCACCUCAGUACGCAGUGAGUCGUGGGGACGAUUACACUAGCCAAAACACUGGUUACGACUCACUGGACGACCAGAACGACGUUGACGCAGAGUUAGUGAAGGGAGCGGAUACCCGCCUGCAGGCUAGGAAGGUGGCCAGCACUGCUCGCAGUGAUUAUACAUUACCCAGGCUGCCCCUUGUGCCCUCCUCUACCACAACCACCACUACUACCACCACCGCUACCACCACUCUGCCAGAGAGGUACUGUCUGGUGGAACGCCCCUGGGACUCCUCAUCUCACGUCAUUGAGGCAGGAAGCAGCAUGCGGCUGUACAAGGAAGGAGAUGAGGACUGUUCUGAGCUGUGUUUCUGUGAUCUUGAGGAGCAGACAAAGUGUAUGGUACUGGAAUGCAUGGAGAACCGUCCUUGCGAGACCACCUUCGCUGUUUACAACCACAACGCUCCGGCCUACCAGGCCUACCGUGGCGAGUGCAUCUGCUACUCUGGAGAUUUUAUUUGCCAGCGGCCCAGACUAGAGGAGUACGAACUGCCAACGGGACUGUUCCUGCUGCUGGGGUUCAGCAGGACGGAGGAAGCGCUGUUGAAGAACGUGACGAGAGGCACCGCUAUCGACGCUCUUGUUCCCCUCCAACACAUCUUCAGGACCAUCUCGGCCAGCAUGGGAGAGGAGUGCCUGCUGGAGGUGUUCCAGCAGACGGAGGACAAUCUGGUGCUACAAGUGAGGCACUUCCAGGUCUCCUCCGGCGUCACCAACACCACCUACUCUCGCUACAUGAUGCAGGAGGAGCGGAACCUGUGUGAGAAAGCCAUCAACAAGAUAGCGGAGAUGAUCAACAAACGGGUGCCCAGGAUCCUCCAUGAUGUGCGUCUCUCCCUCUUCGUACUGGCCGAAGUCAUCGACAACGUGCCCAGCCCUCAGAGAAUCAGCGGUGAGCGGCCGGGUCCCUGCAGCAUGGGCGUAGGGGCGUGCUGGUGGGCGUGGGUGGCGGGCAUGACCUUGGUGCUGGCAGGGAAAUUCCACGUAGAAGAUUGGAGGAUGCCCAUCUUGUGAUAGUUUCCCCUCACUCCUUCUUGGGCCCUUGGGCAAAGAAAAAUAAUGAGGUGGAGUUUGUAAAUAGGAAUGAAGUGGAUGGAGAUUUACUUUUGAUGCGUGUGUAAAUAAGCAUAGUAGGACGAUGUUUAUAAUAGUGCAAUAAUUGAGACUUGCUUAUCCAGCUAUAUGUUAAAGUGAAGCUCCUUUGAGUUUGGCAUUACUGGGAUGAGCUAACUGCACCUUAAGUAAACUAUGUUGUUAGCUCCGCACCUCGACCAUUGGUUGCUAAUACUGUAGUCACGCUCGGUGAGGCGCUUACUGAUGGCAGUAAGUGACUGCAGUACCAAGAGACAGGCUUUGUUUACAUGUGCGUAGUACCAAGUUGUACCACUGAGUCGCUAACCGUCUGCUUCACCUAGCCUGUUCUACUAGAUCUUAAGGGGGCUCCUCAUCUGAGUCCUAACAUGGGCUAGUCCGAAUAUUACUAGACACUGAGCUGAAGCCCAGAGAGGAAAACACUCAAGCUUUAUACACGACUUCAUCAGUAUCAGUUUCCGUCAUUACCAUCAGCAGUGACUUCAAGUUGAUUUCUUGAUAUCCUUUUUUUUUCAUUUUGCACGUUGUGUGUUGGGAUAAUUUACUGAGCAAGUGUCCAGAGUGGGCGCUGCUCGAGGCUAGAGUGACACUCAGGCACGAUGGGUGGGAGGAGAGUAGUUAUCGCCCUCUCCUAUCGCUCUACCGUAAUAUUGUAUAUUGAAUACAAGGAGUCGAGGAACUCCCUUGUAUUUACUGUAUUCUAAGUAAGACUACUGUAUAACACAGACUAAAGAGGCUAGUGGUUCAGAGAGACAGUGAAGCUAGUGAUCAACAUACACAGCUUCACCACUAGACCUUCAACACUUAAUUAUAAAAUGUAUAGUUAUAUUUAAAUGUACGUUAUUAGUAUAUACUUAAGAUCUACGGGCAAUGUACAGAAAC